AUGGGAUCUGUUCAAUCCAAAAUUCGGCGCGUUCUCAAAAAGAGGUCCAAGAAGAGCAGGGACGGCGGUUCUCGGCCGACAAACCUCCCCCAGGGCCCACCUCUGAUAUAUCUACCGAAUGAACCUAAUCAAGCGCAUGUUAAUACAACAUACCAAGCUACUCAUUCUCGGACAAACCUCCCCCAGGGACCACCUUCGGUAUUUAUGCCGGAUCGACCUAAUUCAGCGCUUGACACUUUACAGCAACAAGUGAACACAACAUACCAGGAUACUGGAGAUGUUCUCCGUGAAUCUGAAAUCCCUAGCGGGCUUGUUGAUACCGCCGAUGCUGCUAGUUACAGGCCGAUACUGCCCUCCCAGCAAAGCUAUGCCGCUCAUUCCUCAAGCCUCGAGAUGGAGCGGGAGACUCCCCAGCUGGAACAUGAAGUCCCGGGCGUCGGCGACGGUGAUCUACUCACAAACCCAGAGGAUGAAAUCGGUACGAUCGAGCGCUAUUGUCUGGUAUCUUCCCCUGAAGUUGUAGAUACCGAAAAAGCUAAGAACUCGAGGCUAUGGGGCGAAGCAAUUGAACGCCUCAAAAAGAAGGCAGAAAUCGAAGGAUUAACCGAUUUUGAGAGGGGUGUCAGGCCAGUUCAAAGGCUCCUUGAAGAGGUAGAAAAUCGUCGUACAAUAAUCGAGACCCAGCGGAUUUGUUAUAGGAAUAGGCAAGGAGAAGAGGUGCCUGUGUCGGAUGUAAUUUUUAGAGAGCUUAAUAACUACGCCUCUAUUGGGGAUAUUGCAUUACAGCAUCAUCCAGAUGUCGUUGCCUUGGUAUGGUCAGGAUUCAGGCUUCUGUUACAAGUAGGGACUUCAUAUGUCGAUAAUCUUGCGAUGAUCUUAAACAGCGUUGGAUACCUUGCAUGGAUCAUAUGCUGCGGUGCUCUUUACGAGGACCUUUAUGUGAAAGUAGACACCAAGUGUUCCGAAGAGAUACGAGAUUGCUUGGUGACUCAAUACGUCUCAAUUUUAACAUAUCUAUCAUAUGCCAACGAGCAUCUUAAAGGGAGCAAAACAGAGCGUAUUUUUGAAAGCCUGUCACCACAACUGUCUCAACUGCUGGAGAGCAUACGAGAUUCAGAAAAGAUGAUAAAAGAGCGUUCAGACAUGGCCGAGAAAGAAGCGGCCAACGCGGAGCGAUCUAAGCAGGAAGUGUCACGACGCAAUUUGAAGUAUAUUAGGGAGCACUUGGAAAAUGUCAAGAGUGCUGUCAAUGAGUGCAAUACAAAACUUUCCAAACUUUGUAAGGUUGCUGAUGAAACCAUUUUCCAUAAUACGCUCGACUGGGUGUGCAAUAUUCAAUAUGGCAAGAUUCAUGAAGAGCACAAAGCAAAGCGUACUGCAGAUACAUGUCUUUGGCUUGAACGAAACAGCAUAUUUCAAGAGUGGGUUAAUUGCCGGUCAUCUUCGGCCGUUCUCUGGUUACGUGGUGCAGCCGGCACCGGGAAAACAAUUCUGGCUUCCUCCAUAAUUGGCCUGCUCGGUCAUGAAUACAAAAGGAACCGGUCUUUAGCCUACUUUUACUGCAGUAUUACAUCUCCGGACCGAAUCCUGCCUGAAUCAGUGCUACGAGCAAUUACAAAGCAACUCUGUCAUGAAUAUUCCGGGGGGAAACUGAAACUACCCAAAAAGCUGGUCGAGAUCAAAGAUAAAAGGGUUCGAGAGUCAGCAGGGCUGCCGAGUUUGGAGGAGUGUGCGGAUCUUAUUAUAGAGCUUUCCAACUAUCUAUCAUCGGGGGUAUGGAUUGUCAUCGAUGCACUGGACGAAUGCGAUGGCAACACACGGAAAAAUCUAUUUUGUUCUUUGGACAAAAUCGUAACUGGCGGCAAGGAUAUCCGAGUUUUUCUUACGGGCCGCGAUGAGGCUGAUAUCAGAGGUUAUAUGAUGCAACGACACGAGAAUUAUCUUAUUGACCCUAGCGACAACGCUUCUGAUAUAGAACUAUAUAUAAAGAGCGAACUAAAGGGUUUAUAUGACGACCUCAUUUCACACGAAGUAGGGCCUGAACUUAUCACCCAGUUCAAAAAGCUUGAGGAAGAAAACAUUCGGUCAUUGAAAGAAAAUGCAAAUGGAAUGUUUCUCUCUGUCCAUCUUCGAAUGAAAGCCCUGCGCAUGGAGACAACACUUCACGGUAUGCAAAAGGCUAUUAAAGACUUCCCCAAGUCGCUGAACACGGUCUACACCGAUAUAUUAGACAGGAUCAGCAGGCAGAGCGACACAGAUUCUACAUGUGCGCAUGAGAUAUUGAAGUGGCUUUUUUAUGCGGUCGACGAUUUUUCAGCCGACACCAUUCUCGAAGCUCUGCGCCACUCUGCACCAGGGAAAGGAAGCGGCAACACCAAGCCGAAAGCGCGGAAUGUAAGGAAUGCCCAGAAUAUUUGUUGCGGACUCGUCAUCCACGACGAGAAAACUGGAGUGCUUCGAUUUUCGCAUGCUACCGUAAAGGAGUACCUGGAAAUCCUUAAUGGACCUGGUUCAUGCAUCAGCGGAGGGCACGAAUUCAUGUCCGAUAUAUGUCUCAGAAUUCUUUCCACCUCUAAUUAUCGAAUUGAUGAGGAAUGUACCGAUGAUACCUCAGGCCAGGCUUUUAUCAACUAUGCAACUCGUAAUUGGGGGAACCAUGUCCGCCACUGUGAGUCGCGAGACUCGUGCCAGGACUUCCUCAAGUCGUCAUCCUCCUCCUAUAAAGCCUGGUCAUCUAAGGCCAUCGAAACCGUACCUGUCCUACGCAUGAAAGAGACCCCGGGGUGUUGCGUCGAUCUAGUAUGGGUGGCAUGUUAUUAUCGUCUGUUAAACACACUCAAAAGAAAUCUGGAAACGAUUGGUGCGGGCUGCGUUAAUGCUGCUGGACGUACCCCGUUGCAUCACUGCGCAGAACAUGGCUAUAUGGAAUUUGUUAAGCAUUUGGUCCAACAUAAAGAUAUUGACGUCAACGCCGAAGAUGACAUGAAACGUACACCGCUCCUGCUCGCGAUAAUUUCGAAUCAAGUAGGUGUCGUUGAGACCCUAUUGAAGCACUCGGGGCUUAAGAUUGAUAUGGUCGAUCAAGAUGGAAGGACGGCAUUGAUGCAUGCCUCCUUGAUUGGUAGCGACAAGAUAGUACAGCUGUUACUAGAUUCGGCAAAGUGUGAUGUGAAUGUUGCAGAUACAGAAGGCUAUACCGCCUUACACCACGCUACAUUGAAAGGGCACCAGAGAAUUUUAGAUUUACUCUUGCGGGUAUCUUCUCUCAAUAUCAACUUACAAACCCAGGAUGGAAGCACCGCACUCUCGCUUGCUGCUCAAGCCGAUAGCAAUAUAGCGAUUAUGGAAAAGCUGCUAAGCUUUCAAAUCAGCAGCGGCCCUGCUCUUGACCCAAAUCUGAGGAAUCACCAAUCGGAAACACCGCUUUUGAUUGCGACCGGGCGUGAUCAACAAAAGAUUGCCGAAAGAUUGAUACAAGAUGAGCGGGUUGACAUCAACUGUGGUCUUGGAGAGGACAAUAUGUUUAUAAAGGCUGCAGACAGCAACAAGGCCUGGCUGGUAAAACUGUUGGUAGCGCGAGUGGAUGAUCUGGACAUCAAUCGUCGAGGGAUUAAUGGCUGGACUGCCCUGUAUAAUGCCGUCCGCUACAACGCCUUGGACGCUUUCAGAUACAUUGUAGCAUUUCCCGGUGUCGACAUCGAAUGCAAGGAUAGUGGGGAUGGCACUUUGCUUCAAUUUGCUACUGAACGCGGGCGUGCGGAUAUGGUUUCGGAACUCUUAGCGCAUGGAGCGAAUGCAAGCACAGCUAAUCAGGGAGGUCAAACGCCACUAAUCAUCGCCGCAAAUCACAGAUAUCUUGAUGUCUUUAAGGCUCUAAUUGCACACUACGACAAAGCACAGCCGCAAGAUAGGGUCACCCAAUUUCUAGGCGCCGUAGAAUCCGAUGACGAACAAAUCAUGCAAUUGAUACAUGAUCAGAAGGAGAAGGGAUAUGAUAUCAAUCAGAGAGAUGAGUCCGGCAAAACCGAACUAAUGGUAGCUGCCGCAAAUGGGUUAACCAACACUGUUCAAACACUCCUAAAGAAGCCUGCAAUCGAGGUCAACGCAGUCGAUGAUGAAGGCGAAUCCGCACUGUCUCUUGCAAUCCUCAAGGGCCACACCAGUGCGAUUGAUGCCCUCGUGGAGUACCGCAACAUAGAAAUCAAACUCCCCGCUCAUUCCGGUACGGCAUUGCCGCAAUGGGUAUUUGAAUGUACGAAUGACAAGAUCCUGGAUCUUAUCUUGAAGAGUUAUCCAACGUUAGAGGCUGCUAAAGAAGUGGGUGGCAAGAGGUUUAUAUCCCUGAUAUCCGCCGCAUCUUCCAACAACAUAAAAGUUAUGCAAUUUCUGUUAGCCCAUGGAUGCAACAUCAACCAUACAAACGGCGCUGGCAGGACUGCACUAAUAGAGGCUGCUGUGGAAGGACACAAGGAAGCGGUUACGGUAUUACUGAGGGAAGAGGCAAUCGAUGUCAACAUGGUCGACCCACGAGGUAGAUCUGCCCUCCUCUGUGCGGUAAUAUGGGGACAAACUGGAGUGAUACAGACUCUACUGGAGAAGAAGGGGAUCGAUAUCAACCAAGUGGACUCUGGAGGGACAUCUGCGCUCCUACGUGCGGCAGAAGAUGGAAAGGCUCAAAUAGUUCAGAUGCUACUGGAGAAAAAGCGGAUCGAUAUUAACCAAGUGGACUCUCAAGCGAGAUCUGCACUCCUUUAUGCUGCAAUGCGUGGACACACUGGAGUGGUACAGGCGCUAUUGGAGAAGGGGGCCGACGCCAAUCUAGCCGACUCUAAUGGGACAAAUGCGCUCCUACAUGCGGCAGAAGAUGGACAUCCUCAAAUAGCUCAGAUGCUACUGGAGGGGAAGGGGAUUGAUAUCAACCAAGUGGACUCUCAAGGGAGAUCUGCGCUCCUACGUGCGUCAAAAUAUGGACAUGCUCAGAUAGUUCAGAUGCUGCUAGGGAAGAAUGAGAUCAAUAUCAACUUAGUCGACUCCCAAGGUACAUCUGCUCUCAUAUAUGCAGUAGAAAAUGGAUACACUGAGGUGGUUGGGAUGCUACUAGAGAAGAAGGAGAUCGAUAUCAACCUCGUCGACCCCGGAAAGAGAUCUGCGCUCGUGUGUGCGGCUGAAAAUGCACGCACUGCAGUACUUCAGAUGCUUUUGAAGAUGGAUGGGAUUGAUACCACCCCAGUCAACUAUUUGGGGAGAUCUGCGCUCUUUGGUGCAGCACAGUACGGACUCGCUGAAAUUGUUCGGACGCUAUUGAAGAUGGAUGGGAUAGAUAUCAACCUAGUCGACUCCAUAGGUACAUCUGCGCUCAUACUUGCGGUAGAAAAUGGACACACUGAAGUCAUUAAAAUGCUACUGGAGAAGAAAGAGAUCGAUGUCAACCUCGUCGACUCCGAUAAGAGGUCUGCGCUCCUGUGUGCGGCUCAAAAUGGAAACGCUGAAGUCCUCCACAUGCUUUUGAAGAUAGAUGGGAUUGAUAUCACGCGAGUCAACUAUUUGGGGAGAUCUGCGCUCUUUGGUGCAGCACAGUAUGGACUCGCUGAAAUUGUUCGGACGCUAUUGAAGAUGGAUGGGAUAGAUAUCAACCUAGUCGACUCCAGAGGUACAUCUGCGCUCAUACUUGCGGCAGAAAAGGGACACACUGAAGUGGUGGGGGUGCUACUGGAGAAGAAAGAGAUCAAUAUCAACCUCGUCGACUCCGAUAAGAGGUCUGCGCUCCUGUUUGCGGCUGAAAAUGGAAACGCUGAAGUUCUCCACAUGCUUUUGAAGAUGGAUGGGAUCGAUAUCAGCUUAGUCGACUAUUGGGGAAGAUCUGCGCUCUUCGGUGCAGUAAAGUAUGGACUCGCUGAAAUUGUUCAGAUGCUAUUGAAGAUGGAUGGGAUCGAUAUCAACCGAGCCGACUACGGAGGUACAUCUGCGCUCAUACUUGCGGUAGAAAAGGGACACAUUGGAGUGCUUGAAAUGCUACUGGAGAAGAAAGAGAUCAAUAUCAACCUCGUCGACUCCGAAAAGAGAUCUGCGCUCCUGUUUGCGGCAGAAAAUGGACGCACAGAAGUUGUUGAGAUACUUCUGAAAAUGGAUGAGAUCGAUACCACUUUAGUCGACUAUCGAGGGCGAUCUGCGCUCCUACGUGCGGCGGAAAAUGGACACACGGAAACGGCUCAGAUGCUAUUGAAGUCGAUGGGCGGGACUGAUAUCAAUCUCGUCGACAGCCGAGGGAGAUCUGCCCUCCUAUGUGCAGCAGAAAACGGACAUACUCAAGUGGUUCAGGUGCUACUAGAGCAGAAAGAGGUCAAGGUCAACCUAACCGACUCAGACGGGAGAUGUGCGUUGUGGCACGCAUCACACCAUGGAUACAUCGAGAUGGUAAAGUCACUCCUUGAACACCCCCAGAUAGACAUUAGGAAUCGCGGUAUGGACUGUUCUACACCACUACUUACCUCCGCCCAACUGGGUAACGAUGAAGUCUUUCAAUGUCUAUUCGAACGAUACGAGGCGGAUCAACUCCAGGAGAUGACUCACGACCAAAACCCAGUUCUUUCGUGCGCGGCGGAGAGUGGAAAUACAAAAAUCCUACAGAUGAUCCUUGAUAGGGGAAUAUACGACAUAAAUCACCGAAAUGAGUAUGGAUCGACACCUAUAGUACGUGCUGCUGCUAGAGGACAUGCAAAAUUUGUUGCAAUGUUGCUGGAUGUUGAUGGGGUUGAUCUCAGCAUUUUACACAACAGUGGGGAUUCUGCGCUGGAUUAUGCCAGGUCUUAUGGCUAUGAGGAAGUUAUCAAGCUGCUGGAACCUCGGAUGGGUCUGAAGGUGGAAUAG